UUAAUAUAUGAACUAAUAAGCUCUAAGCUCUAGUAAGCUAUAUGGGUUCGUUAUGCGGACUGGUUCUUGUUUUGAUGUGGACAUUGGGUGUUAAUGGAAAAGAUGUAAGUUCCUUGAUCAGCAGAUCUAUGUUUGAGAAAUUGUUAAAACAUCGAAACGAUGAUAUCUGUCCGGCCAGAGGCUUCUAUACUUAUGAAGCUUUCAUAAACGCUGCCAAGUCCUUUCGUGCUUUUGGAACCUCUGGUAACCGUGACACUCGGAAGAGAGAGAUUGCAGCCUUCUUAGCUCAAACCUCACACGAGACCACCGGUGGAGGUCCAGGUUUACCUGAUGGACCAUAUGCAUGGGGAUAUUGCUUCAAGGAGGAGCAGAACCCGACGGAUUACUGCGUUCCAGAUCCAGAAUGGCCAUGUGUUCCGAACAAGAACUAUCAUGGCCGUGGUCCUAUUCAGAUCUCCUACAACUUUAACUAUGGACCAGCAGGAAAAGCUAUAAGGUCUAAUUUGCUAAAAAACCCGAGUUUGGUGGCCAGCAACCCUACCAUUUCAUUCAAGACUGCACUAUGGUUCUGGAUGACACCGCAGUCCCUGAAGCCGUCAAGCCACGAUGUUAUCACUGGAGUGUGGAAACCAUCCGCAGCAGACUCUGCAGCUGGGAGGGUUCCUGGAUAUGGAGUGGUAACAAACAUCAUCAACGGUAUUGAAUGUGGUAUAGGGUCUACACCAGGUGGUGAGGGCCGGAUCGGCUUCUAUAAGAGAUACUGCUCCAUUUUUGGAAUUAGCCCUGGGAAAAACUUAGACUGUUACAGCCAAAAGCCUUUUGGCGGCUGAUUUUUAACACAUCUGCUACUAAAAGAUAUGCUUCGCGAACAAGUAUAAGCGAUUCCCACAGAAUUGAAAUAUAUGUACUAAUUGUUACUGCAAUCAAUUAAAAUCAUAGUUGCUUGAUUGUGGUGUGAGAAAAC